AUGACUGACGUUACUCUAGUCAUAUCCAGACCAACUUCUGGUAGAACAGACCAUGGCCUAAUCAUCAACCGUGAGUAUGCCAACCCCAUGGAUACUGAGUCCGAUUUGUUCACAGGUUCCCGAUCAGAGCUCCUCGAGUCUAUCCGAUACGAUGCGAAUAAAGAGCGACAUGAGAUAAAAGAACGUGCAGCCCCAUCGCAUCCCGAGCGGGAAAAUAUAGAAGCCGGUCUGUCGGCAACCCUCGUCAGUCAAAUGCCUGAGGGCGUCUGGCGGUUGUCCCGGGAGCAGGUUGAUGAUGCGGAGAAUAUCGAUCCCUCGCACAAGGACCAUGAUGAAGAUGAACUUAAAGCCGAAACUGACGCUAUUGGCGAUACACACGAUGCCAUCGGACCGGAUGGGAUCGAUGACGGCUUGCUUGAUGACGCCUUUGCGGCGUCUAGGAUCCCAACCAUCGUUAAACUUGAACUGUCAGAGUUCGAGACCAAUCCCUUCGUCAAUAGGUCCAUGCUCGGAUACGACGUGUUGGUGAAGUAG